UAUUUUUGGUUCGGUCUGCAGUCAAAAUUUUUCGGUGCUGAAAGAUGGUCAUUCGUAAGUUGUACGUUCCUCCGUCGAUAAUCAAGAACGGUGUCACCGUUCAAACUAUCCCGGAAUACCAGACGGUACAACCGAAUCAUUUGGAAGCUGUAGCCUACAGCACUAUUGCUGAGCCGAUUUCACAUGUUAACGGAGAUGCACAAAAAGUGGAAUUGGAACCAGCUAUCCUCAAAUCUGUUGACAACGCAGAACACUGUUCCAAAAAUGGUGAUGUAUUGGUAGAAAAUUCAAAUGUUGCCCAAGCCAGAGCGGAAAAAAACUCCGAAAAUGAUGAUAUAAUCUUAAAUAUUAGACCCGGUAAAAUAGCUGGAUUGAAACAAGAUUUACCAAACGGGGGAAGUUGUUACCGGUUCAGUGGUAUCCCCUAUGCUCAACCUCCCAUAGGUGAGUUACGAUUCAAACCUCCAGUACCGUUGGAGCGAUUCGAUGUAGACGUAUUGGAUUGCACAGUUGAACGAAAUCAGUGCAUAAGUUUGCAGCACUGGCCAACGGAAGCAAGUGAAACAGCUUCCGAGGACUGCCUGUUCUUGAAUGUGUACACACCAAAUCUACCAGAAGAGGGCUCAGCUGAUGGAUUGCCCGUGAUGAUUUGGAUCCACGGAGGUGGUUUUGCGUUGGGCAGUGGAGAUGCGGUAUUUUAUUGUCCUAACUAUUUGGUGCAGGAAAGUAUGGUGGUUGUAACAUUCAACUACAGAUUGGGACCACUGGGAUUCAUGUAUCUGCCAUCGAAAGGAAUUCACGGCAAUAUGGGAUUAAAAGAUCAAAGAAUGGUUUUGCGUUGGGUACAAGAAAACAUUUCUAGUUUUGGGGGAGAUCCAAAUAAUGUGACAUUAUUUGGUGAGAGCGCUGGGGGAGCCUCGGUGCAUUUGAAUUAUAUUGCGGAAAACUCGAGAAAAUAUUUCCAUAAAGCUAUAUGUAUGUCUGGUGUUUCUUACAACCCCUGGGUGUUUCAAAGUCAGGCAGAAGAAAAAGCUCGACAACUAGCAGUUCUACUCGGGGCGAAAUCAGAUACCGAUGAAGACGUUAUCGAAACACUGAUGACUGCUUCCGCCAGGGACAUCGUUGCAAAAUCUCCUGCGGUGAUGACUGCUGAUGAAAAACGCACUGACAUGUUUUUUGCAUUUACUCCCGUUGUAGAACCUGCAGAUUCUACUGAACCAUUUAUAACAGAAAAUUUUAUCAGUCUCUUGAUGAGUCCCAAUAUGACAAGCAUUCCAAUCAUUAAUGGAUUCACCUCUAAUGAGGGACUUCUUAUUGCUGCUCAAAUGAUGAGUGGUAUCGAUGAGUAUGCGAAAAAUUUCACCAAGUUAGUACCGAAGGAUUUGCCCCUUUCCGGGAUUAGUCUAGAGGAAGCAGCUGCUGAAAUAAAACAUUUCUUCUUUGGCGAUGAUGACAUAACUACAGAGCGGCUGCAAACCUUGGUGGAUAUUGUGUCGGACAAUAUGUUUACCGUCGCAGUGUACAUGGCUAGCGAGUUGCAUGCGCGUUAUCAGCAUGACGCACCACAGUACCUGUACGUAUUCUCGUUUGAGGAUGAGUUGAACAAAUUUAGAUCAAUGUUUCAGGUACCAGACAAUUUAGCUGGAGUGUGCCAUUCCGAUGAGUUGCUAUACUUGUUUAGUUCGUCACUGAUGGGAACCGAAGUGGAAACAGGAUCAAGAGCCGACAAAUUUCGCUCUAUAAUGUGCAAGUUGUGGACUAAUUUCGCUAAAUGUGGCAAUCCUACACCCGUGGAUGGAGGAGUUAACUUUGUUUGGGAACCGGUGAAGCCCCUUACCGAUUCCCCAUUUAUAUUCGCUGCAGCAGAGUUAAAUGAGCCGUUGAAAAUGGUCGAAAACCCAUUUAUGAACCGCAUUCAAUUCUGGAGGGAAAUAUAUGCGCGACAUUUCGGUAAUCAUCUAGUGCGAACUAAAUAGUUUCCUGUGACAUCCGAUUUUCGGUAUGCGAAUAUUGAUUGCUCUGUUGUAGUUAUUUUGCAAUAAAUUAUUAAUCGCUCGGA